GUCCCUAACGAUGUUGUUCUCUCCCUCACUUCUCUAUUUUCAGAGGCGAAAAAAGGGAAGAAAACAAAUCCCCCAAAAGAAGAAUGAUAUGCCCAAAUUAUAAAAACUAGGUUUUGAUUAUAUUUUCCCCUCGAUUUUCAUUUACUGAGAAAAUCACUGCUGCUGCUGCUACUCCCUUUUCUCGUCCUCAGUGUCGAGUUAUUUCCCCCCCUCAAAUUUUCGUUUUUUUUCCUAAAAAAAAGGAAAAGUAAAUGGCGGCGGCGAUUUCUUCACCGAUGGCUCAGUCUGUGGCGGCGGCGGCGACUCCAGUAAUAGCUCCGGGAGUCGCAUUGGGCGGAGGUCCCUUUGCGAAUGCGUCUCUGUACGUGGGCGAUCUCGAGGGGAAUGUAAAUGAGGAGCAACUUUAUGAUCUGUUCAGCCAGGUGGCUCAGAUUGCUUCAAUUAGGGUUUGCAGGGAUCAGACCAAGCGAUCCUCUCUUGGUUAUGCCUAUGUCAACUUUGCCAACGCUCAGGACGCAUCCAAUGCCAUGGAACUUCUGAACUUCACUCCUCUGAAUGGAAAACCGAUUCGAAUUAUGUUUUCCCAACGUGAUCCAAGCAUUCGGAAAAGCGGACAUGGCAAUGUGUUCAUUAAGAACCUGGAUACAUCAAUUGAUAACAAGGCAUUGCAUGACACUUUUGCUGCCUUUGGCACUGUACUUUCUUGUAAGGUGGCUCUUGACAGCAGUGGCCAGUCAAAAGGGUAUGGUUUUGUUCAGUUUGACAAUGAAGAGGCUGCCCAGAAUGCAAUCAAACGAUUGAACGGCAUGUUGAUAAAUGAUAAACAAGUCUACGUUGGACUCUUUAUUCGGCGCCAGGAAAGGGAGCAGACAAAUGGAUCACCCAAGUUCACUAAUGUAUAUGUGAAAAAUUUGUCUGAAACAUAUACUGAUGAGGACCUGAAGAAGCUAUUUGGCCCCUAUGGUACAAUAACCAGUGCAACAGUUAUGAAAGAUGUGAAUGGGAAGUCUAGAUGUUUUGGUUUUGUGAAUUUCCAGAAUCCGGAUUCAGCAGCUGCUGCAGUUGAGAGGUUAAAUGGAACUACUAUUAACAAUGACAGGGUUUUAUAUGUGGGGAGAGCUCAGAGGAAAGCAGAAAGAGAGGCCGAGUUGAAAGCAAAAAUUGAGCAGGAAAGAAUCAGUAGAUAUGAAAAAUUACAAGGUGCUAAUUUGUACCUGAAAAAUCUUGAUGACAGUUUCAGUGAUGAGAAGUUGAAGGAUCUAUUUUCUGAGUUUGGAACUAUAACAUCUUGCAAGGUGAUGAUUGAUUCAAAUGGACGGAGUAAGGGGUCUGGUUUUGUUUCCUUUUCUACUCCUGAGGAAGCAAGUAAAGCUUUGAAUGAAAUGAAUGGCAAGUUGAUUGGACGAAAGCCUCUAUAUGUUGCUGUGGCCCAGCGCAAAGAAGAGAGGAAGGCUCAUCUACAGGCUCAAUUUGCUCAAAUUCGAGCACCUGGUGGAAUGGCACCUCUGCCUGCUGGUAUUCCUUUAUAUCAUCCAGGGGCACCGAGACUUGCCCCCCAACAGUUGUAUUAUGGUCAAGGCACACCUGGCUUUAUGCCACCACAGCCUGCUGGAUUUUCUUUCCAGCAGCAAAUCUUGCCUGGAAUGCGGCCUGGUGUCGCCCCCAAUUUCAUUAUGCCUUACCACCUUCAGAGACAGGGUCAGCUUGGGCAGAGGACGGGUGUUCGUAGAAAUGGAAACUUCCAACAGGUGCAACAGAACCAGAUGCUACAUCGUAACUCCAACCAAGGAUUUAGAUACAUGCCCAAUGGUCGAAAUGGCAUGGAUCCAUCUUUAGUUCCUCACGGUCUUAUGGGUCCCAUGAUGCCUAUGCCCUUUGAUGGUUCUGGAGUCACUGCAGCCCCUAAUGAUAAUCAGCGUCCUGGAGCAUUGUCUACCACACUUGCCUCAGCUCUUGCCUCUGCUACCCCAGAAAAUCAGCGCAUGAUGUUGGGUGAACAUCUAUAUCCCCUUGUGGAACGACUCGCACCAAACCAAUAUACAGCAAAGGUGACAGGGAUGUUGCUGGAAAUGGACCAGUCAGAAGUAAUCAAUCUCAUUGAAUCUCCUGAGGACCUGAAGACAAAGGUGUCGGAGGCAAUGCAGGUCCUGCAUGAGGUUGCAUCUGGUUCUGAAGUUGAUCAGCUUGGCUCGAUGUCGUUGAAUGAAUGAAACAGUCUCUGGUAGAGGAAGAGAUAUGCUCCAUCGUGUCAUGUGUGAGCCGCUUUUUUGGGGCUUAACGAGCUAGUAUUUUCUGGGGUCUUCUGAAUUUUGAUUUUCAAGAUCACAUUUUCUCUUUUUUGCGGGAUUGUUGAUUUGAGAUAAUAUGGAGGGAUUCAAGGAUUUGUUUUGGUAGACUUUUUACUAGUUUCAUUUAGUAUUUUCAGACUUAUGAUUAUAUUUUGUUUAAGACUGAGUUUGUGGUAGAACAUUUGGUUUAUUAGCCUUGGAAACAAUUUUAUUUUAUUAGACAUUUGAAAUGGGUUUUCUCUC